AACAUUCAUUCAUUCAUUCACAUUAUCAUUAUCAUUAUCAAGCCAAGCCAGCCAACCCCAUAUAUGUCAUGAUAAUCAUAUACCUACACAUACCCCCCUAUUAUUAAUUAAUUAAUAAUUUAAUUUCUUAAAUCUUUGUUCUACCCUUCUCUCUCACCCCUUUCCCUUCUUCAUUUUUAGAUUUUCGUGGAACCCCACCUCCUAUUCCAAACAUAACAAACCCUCCCUCUUCUUCUCUUCUCUUCUCUUCUCCAACUCAACCCACGUUACCUACCAUCACCAUUAAGUAAACAUUUUUAGAUUUUCUUUGUUUUCCUCAACUUCUCGUGCUAUUUGGACGGAUAUUCUUCAUGAAAUGUGGAAAACAGAGGCUUUGCAUUGCAUUGCAUGUGUUACCAGCAUUGAUCAUUCCCUCUAAAACAACAUGAUCAAUGGAUUCCAGAGUUGGAACAAAACCAGCUUCCCGAUUUCAAUGUUUUCUCUAGCUUCAUAAUCCUCUUCAGACAGGUAAUAAUCCAUUUGCUCCUUAAAAAACAAAAAAAAUCUCUGUGCUUCCACAUUUUCUCAUCCUUAUACGGCACCAUUGAUCGAGCUAGUGAAUUCCAAUCCACCAUGGCAACCAAGAUUAAAGGGAUCUGCAAAGGUUUCAAAUACAUUACUCAAAUUUUUGUUGUGAAGGAGAGGGAGAUGGACAUAGGGUAUCCAACAGAUGUUAAGCACGUGGCUCACAUCGGAUGGGAUGGUCCAACAGGCUCUGGACCAAGCUGGAUGAAUGAAUUUAAAACAGCACCUGAUUUUUCAACAUCAAUUGGUAGUUUGAGUGAGCGAAGAGACCCCAAUGCUUCAACUAUCACCUCAUCUCGCUCCGUCCAAGAUUUUGGAGCAACCUCAGGAAGUCAACCAAAACCAAACCUUUAUCAAGGCAUUUCAUCUGCUGGGGUUUCUCAUGUUCAUAAGAAGGCGAAGCGGAAAAAGACCAAGUCAACUUCCUCUCCCAAAGCUUCAUCUGCUGCAACAAGGCAAUCAAGAGCAGCAAGGACAAAAGCUACGUAUUGUGAGAGAGAAGCAGCACCAAUUGCUUAACUCAAGCAGGUUCAGUCAAGACAGUGAAGUUUGUGCAGAGAAAGAGAUUUGACAACAUUGUGAAUAGCAAAAACCAUGCCCUUAGGGAAAGAAAGAAAAUAGAGCCAGCUAUCCUAAUUCACUCAGAGAAAAACCAAAUUACUUGCUAACAGGUUGGGAGAAAAACAGUGAAAAAAAAGAAAAAUGUGGUUAUUCUGGGUGAUUGGAUUGUGUGCGAGUGUUUGGUUUUUGUGAAUCAUAUCUAGACAUUAAAAUUAUAAUUCCUUUUGUUAGUUUUGCGGAUUAAAACGAAGUCAUGGAAAGAAACAGUGAUCAAUGCUUAUUUAAACAAGAUAAGCAUGGCAGUUGUAACUUGUAAUUGAUUAUCUAGAGUAGAAUGUUCGUCAGUGCUUUUA